AGUGUUGUAUAUAUAUGCUAGACAUUCCUUGUGUAGUUAUGGUAGUUGGGUGGUGGGGUAAUCGGGACUUUAAUUUAACGAAACGUCGCUAAACCAGCAUUUGUCUAAGUUUGUGACAGUGGACUGAUGUAAAGGAAAAAUGGGGCAUCAAAAGGGGCUUUUUUUUCCCUUUUUUCUCAUCCAUCCAUCCAUCCAGAUAAUACAUUAAGAAAAAAUGGCUGAUCUCGAAGACCUCAACAAACCCUUUGAUCCUUUUGCUGAUGUCGAAGAAGAGCAAGGCGUCAACAACACCAACUACCUCCAUCUCCGUAUUCAACAACGUAACGGUCGUAAAACCUUGACUACUCUUCAAGGUUUGCCCAAGGAGAUUGAUAGUAAGCGUUUAUUAAAGGCUGUCAAGAAGGCCUUUGCCUGUAACGGUACAGUCGUUGAAGAUGAAGAGCACGGUGAAAUUAUUCAAAUGCAAGGUGAUCAACGUAUGAAGAUGGCCGAAUUUUUGAUUUCCGAAGGUAUUGCCAAGAAGGCUGAAAUCAAGGUUCACGGUUUCUAAGCAAACUUAAACACCAACCAAAAACAACAAAUCUAUAAUACCUCUGUCCCCCUUGUCUUUUUUUUUUUUUACACACAUAAACUAUUAAAAGCAUUUACAAAAUCUACUUCUAUUUUCCUGUUUCCCAUCCUGUUAAAUAAACUUCAAAACCUUUUUCUUUUUUCAA